CCAUUUUUUAUAAGAAAAUCUAACUUCAUUUUGGAACAUGCCAUACAGAAAGUGUGAUAAUGGAAAUUUGUUGCAGUUUGCCAUGAUUUAAGCUAAUCACGUCGGGGCAGUGAUUUGUUCACAAGAUGCGACUUCCUUCGGAAAUCAAUUAAAAUUGCUUGAGAUAGUCGUAUUUGUUGUUACCAAAAUAGAUUUUGUUUUAUCGUUGCUUCCCUCAUCGAUAUUCUUUACAACAUCGCUGAGUGAGCCAACUAUCUUGUCCAAACUUAUCAUUCUAGAAAAAUAUUAUUAGUAAUAUGGUAAUUGAGAAAUAUUUUUUUUAGUAAAUAGUGUAAAUUGGAGAAACAUACAAAAACAUUUAAGGGCUCGUUUGCUUGUUGGAUUUGAAAAUGAAGGUUUUGAGUUUUCAGAACCUUUGGAUUUAUGAUGGAUUUGUUGCAUAUGGAUUUGGAAGAGUACAUUGUUUGUGUAGUUUAUUUUUGUCAUAGAUUCAUGAUGAAUUUGUUCACAUUUUGCCUUCCAUUAUCAAAUCCCAAAUGAAAUGUGGGAUUUGCAAAUCCGUGGGCCCCACGGAUUUGUGUCCCUUAGCAAACAAUGGACUUGUGCCAAUUCCAUUAUGCUUGGGAUUUAGGUACCAAAUCCAUCACCCAAAUCACAAAAGCAAACGAUACCUUAUUGUCCCCUAUUGGAGGGUUGGGUCAAAUGGUUGGUAUUGCUGAGGCACACUUUAACAUUCAACUAUGAAGUGGGAUGGUUUGGUGUUAAAGCUCAUUGGGUGUUUUGAAUUUCCACCUUUCUGCUGAUUACAUUACUUGUGAAUUCCAAAUUCCUACCCACCACCAAACUCUCAGAACUGAAGAAAGUUAGAGGUUGACUGUUGAGUUUAACGCAAACAAGUUGUUAGGAAAACUAAGACCACAAUAUGUCUCCGCUAUUGAGCGAUUCAGAAAGUGGAUUAAAAUUAAUUUAGCUAACGUCCUCGACAUAUUAUGGUAGACUAUACUAAUACUAAUAUAAUAAGUACGGGAGUUUAGUGGUUAGAUUUGAUGACUUUAGAUCAAUUAGGAUAGCGAUAAAAAUAGUGAAAAAUUGAGGAAUCGAAACUAAAAAUUACAUUUGAUCCAAUUCCAUUUGAUUCAGAUUUUGAUAUGGACUUUUACGAGAAAAAAAACAUCCCCGUUUGUCCUUUUCUUCAAACAAGAAAUAGAUGGUUGAAACGUCCUCAUUCUCCAUGGGUAGCUGAGGUAGGUUAAUUAGUUGGCAAUGCACCUACCUAACCUAGUAAUGACGAAUAAUUUGGGCUCAGGGCCUACAUUUCCACUGAUUCAAGUCAAAUGCCAAAAGCUAGCUGCUUGUGCAGGAAAAAUUGGUUUACGUCCCCAACCAACGCUGAUCCCCCAAUGGAAUCGAUGGUUCCUGCCUACUUAAUUACUUCCUCCGUCUCUUCUCCAAAUGUUCGUCUCCACCAGACCACCACUACCAGAAUGCAGCCCCGAAAUGGCAAAUACCCAUUUGCAGGUCGACAAUUGGCAUUCAAUUGCCAACUACAUCCAACUCAACUGCCCCUCUGAGGCUCCCACUGACCCUGGGAACUAUAAAUUUGCGGCGGCAUUCUUCAACAUCAUAAGGCAGCAAAAGGAGGGGGGAAAAACUAAGAGAGAAGAAGCAGAAUAGUGAGUGAGAAACAUGAGCAAGGCAUGGCUGGUGCUGGUAGUGGUAGUGGUACUGGGUUCCUCACUGGUUGCCCAAGGAGCAAGAGACGUUUGGACCAACGAGGCUACUGACGUUUACCAGCCACAGAACUUCUUCGGCCUUGGGCCCGGGGGCGGGCUCGGUGGCCUGGGCGGUUUCGGCUGGCCUUUCGGACUACUCUGGCCGGGCUUGGGUUGGCACCAUGGACUUGGCCAUUGGCUUGGCCAUGGCCUUGGUGGUGGAAUCGGCACUGGGAUCGGAGGGGUUGGACCAGGGAUUGGAGGCGCUGGACCGGGAAUCGGAGGGGCUGGACCGGGAAUUGGAGGCGCUGCACCCGGAAUCGGAGGGGCUGGACCAGGAAUCGGACCUGGAAUUGGUGGGGCUGGACCAGGAGUCGGACCAGGGAUUGGAGGAAUUGGAGUGGGGCCAGGGGUUGGACCAGGGAAACUCCCAGGAGGGCCUGGCCUAGCUGCAACUGCUAAAGAAGACGACGGCCAUCCUUGAAACAUGAAGAACAGCAGAAUGAUAACGACGUAUUAAAUAAAUAUGAACCCUUCAUUAAGCUCGUAUUUUGCUUCUAUCGAAGCGGGUGAUAUGUAAAAGUUCCACAAGUAAUAACAUUACUUUACCAUUUUACCAUCGUCUUUUACCUUCUCAUGUAAGGAUAUUUACCAUAAUGAACCUCCAACUUCUGC